AUGCCGACGCCGGAACGGGUUUACGACUGGACGUCCUUCGUAGAACGGGACAGUGACAGUGUCGGAACGCCGGACUGCUGUCAGCAACAAAAAACGUGCACACCGAUUCGUGUCACCGUGAAAAUGGCUACCGAUCGGCGUAUUAAGGGGCUGAAACUGAGGCAGAGAAGUUUGCUGACGUCAUUCAACGCCAUCACGAAGUUCGUAGACGAUUACGAUGAAGAACAUCACGCCGAUGAAAUACCUGUUCGCCUAGAGAGCAUCAUCAAGCUCUGGGCUGACUUAAAUACGGUCCAAGCGGAACUGGAGUCUCUCGACGAAGCCAGUUUGGAUGAGCAGCUGAAGCUACGCAUGGACUAUGAGUCGGCCUAUUAUCGCAGUAAGGGAUUUCUGCUGGCAAAAAAUAAAAUCAAUGCACAGUGCGUAUCUAGUUCUGCAUCAACAAGUCGUGUCCCUCCGUCGGCAUCGCAGGUGCGUUUGCCCGACGUAAAACUUCCCGUUUUCAAUGGAAAUCUUGACAAUUGGCUAAAUUUUCACGAUUUGUUCGUUUCGUUGGUGCAUUCGUCAGUCGAUCUCUCAAAUAUUCAAAAGUUUUAUUAUUUGCGUUCGUCAUUGUCGAGCGAUGCCUUAAAAUUAAUACAAACCAUUCCACUGAGCGCAAACAAUUAUGCGGUUGCUUGGAAUUUACUGAUUGAACAUUAUCAGAACCCCACUCGUUUGAAGCAGACAUAUGUUGAUGCUUUGUUUGAAUUUCCGUCGCUUCGUAAAGAAUCUGCUUCUGAUUUACAUUCGCUGGUAGAGAAGUUUGAAGCCAACGUCAAGGUGCUACAGCAACUAGGGGAGAAGGUCCAGUUUUGGGACAUACUGCUGAUUCGGAUGCUGAGUGUUCGCCUCGACCCAACAACUAGAAGAGACUGGGAAGAAUUUUCAUCGACGAAGGAUGCGAUUUCGUUCCGAGACCUGACGGCAUUCAUUCAACGCAGAGUCACUGUGCUUCAGAGCAUUCAGGGUACUACGGUAGAUGUCUCCAUUUCCGGUCAAGUGAAAAAACAUAAUCAACGACCAAUCACAAGCAAUAAUGCUACACAGUUCAACGUUAGGAAAUGCGUCGUUUGCAAUGAGCAUCAUCCCGUCUACCAGUGUACAUUGUUCUCCAAGAUGAGUCUAGAGGAUAAAGAUAAGGAAGUUCGUCGUCAUCAUCUGUGUCGAAACUGUUUGCGAAGGGGCCAUCAGGCGAAGGAAUGCUCAUCAACUAGCACUUGUCGUAGGUGUAGAGGUCGUCAUCAUACUCAACUUUGUACGAGUUCACCAGUUGCUAACUCAAAUAUGAAACCACAUAACGUCAAAGAUGAGAAAUCCAUAUCCACUGAUAACACCAGCAUUCAACCCUCUGCACUGGUGUCAGCAUCAUUAGUCGAACCAGCCAGCUUCGCUUCUGCUAGUGAAGGGAGAAAGACAAUUUUACUUGCUACUGCUGUGAUCAUCGUGGUCGACGACAAUGGAAACGAGCACAUGGCACGUGCGCUGUUGGACUCUGGCAGCGAAUGCUGUUUCGUCACCGAGUCGUUCGCUCAGUCUAUCAAAGUCAAGAGAAGGAAAAUUAACCUGCCUAUUGCUGGUAUUGGUCAAUCAUCAACGCAAGCUCGUCAUAAAUUACUAUCUACAAUUCGCUCUCGCACUGGAAGGUAUUCGACUAAUUUGGAAUUUCUAGUUCUUCCGAGGAUUACCAUCGAUUUACCGUCAACAUCAGUUGAUGUCUCGUCUUGGGAGAUUCCACCGAGCAUACAGCUAGCCGACCCAUCAUUUUAUAGUACCAGUUCGAUAGAUCUAAUCCUAGGAGCGGAAAUUUUCUUCGAUUUAUUCAAGGUUUCUGGUAGAAUUCCACUCGGUGACAAUCUUCCAGUACUCGUAAACUCCGUUCUUGGCUGGGUAGUGUCAGGAAGGUCCACAAGUUGUCAAUCAACAACUCCUAUUGUUUCGAAUCUUGCUACCGUCAACGAUGUUCACCAUUUACUAGAGAAAUUUUGGUCAAUCGAAGAAGACAACGUUUCACCUUGCCAUUCUGUUGAAGAAGCUGCCUGCGAAGAACAUUUUCGUCGUACCGUAACCCGCAACUCAGAAGGGCGAUACGUUGUUCGUCUACCACUGAAGCAAGACGUUCUAGCUACUCUCGUCGACAACCGUCGAACUGCUCUCCGUCGUUUCUAUCAACUAGAAUCUCGUCUGCAUCGUAACUUCGAUUUGCAUCAACAGUAUCGAGCCUUCGUCGAAGAAUAUCAUUCCUUAGGACACAUGCAGCGUGUGGACGAGAACGACACAACUCCGCCUGUAUGUUAUCAUCUUCCGCAUCAUGCUGUAAUACGUGAAGAUAGCACUACAACUAAAUUGAGAGUGGUAUUUGACGCAUCGUGCAAAACCCCAAACGGUCCAUCACUAAAUGAUGCGCUUAUGGUUGGACCAACCGUCCAAGAAGAUCUUCGCUCAAUCAUCAUGCGCUCUCGAACUCAUCCAGUCAUGUUAAUAGCAGAUAUCAAGCAGAUGUAUCGCCAAGUACUGGUUGGCGAGCAGGACACCUCACUGCAGAGGAUUGUCUGGCGCGUUUCCCCCGACAGUCCGAUGGAAACCUACGAACUCAAGACCGUAACCUACGGUACAGCCAGCGCUCCAUAUCUUGCCACGCGAGUUCUUCAGCAGCUGGCCGACGACGAACACAACAAUUAUCCCAAGGCAGCCGAAGUUCUUCGCAAAGACUUCUACGUCGACGACCUUUUUUCGGGUGGAGGAAACAUUGAAGAAACAAUAGAGAUUCGUAAACAACUCAACGAACUGUUAUCGAAGGGUGGAUUUGAACUUCGAAAAUGGGCGUCCAAUGAGCCAACAGUUUUAGAAGGUAUUCCGCCUGAAGAUCGGGCUCUACGAGAAACAGUUGACUUAGACCGAGAUAAAUGUAUAAAAACUCUUGGCUUGCUUUGGGAACCAUCAACGGAUCAGUUGCGUUACAGAAUCCAGCUUCCGCCAUCAACGGAUACAAUACUCACGAAACGCAUAGUUUUAUCGUACAUCGCUCGCUUGUUUGACCCACUUGGACUUGUUGGACCCGUCGUUGCCACCGCAAAGGUCUUCAUGCAGAAACUCUGGGCAUUGAAAGAUAAGGACAACAAGGCUUGGGACUGGGAUAACGAUCUUCCACCAGCCAUCAAGAAUCGCUGGUACCACUAUCAAUCGCAACUCUCGCUACUAAAUGAUCUACGCAUUGACAGCGCCUCAACUUCUGCUCAACCUACUUCGCUUACGAUAUUGGAUCACCGGGGGCAGAACACUUUUACCGGCGUUGAUUAUUGGGGACCUAUUCAGCUAAAACCACCGCAUCGACGAGCUGCACCUACCAAGGCAUAUGUAGCAGUUUUUGUGUGUUUUGCAACGAAGGCUGUGCACCUUGAACUUGCUGGCGAUUUAAGCACCGCAAAAUUCAUCGAAGCGCUACGUAGAUUUGUCUCACGUCGUGGUUUGUGCUCAGAAAUAUACAGCGACAACGGUCGAAACUUUAUCGGAGCAGCCAACGAACUUCGUCAACUAGUUAAAACCAAAGGGCAUAAUCAACAAAUCGCUCAAGAAUGUGCUGACAAUGGAAUUCAGUGGCAUUUCAAUCCACCAAAAGCAUCGCAUUUCGGUGGCCUAUGGGAAGCCGCAUUAUCAUCAGCGCAAAAACAUUUCGUUCGAGUUCUUGGCACUCAUACACUUGCCUACGAUUCUAUGGAAACACUGCUGACACAAAUCGAAUGCUGUCUCAACUCCAGACCGAUUGUGCCAAUGUCCGAUGACGCAAGCGAUUAUGAAGUACUUACCCCAGGACAUUUUUUAGUUGGCACCGCGCUCAAGGCUGUCCCGGACAAUAAUGUAAUUGAUAUUCCCUUCAACCGAUUACGACAAUGGCAACAAACGCAAAAAUUAUACCAACAACUGUGGAAACGAUGGCAUCUUGAAUAUUUAUCAACAUUACAAACCCGUACAAAAUGGUACAAUCCGCCUGUGCACCUACAAGAAAAUCAGUUGGUAAUAAUUAAGGACGAAAAUGCCCCACCGAUGAGCUGGAAAACUGGACGAAUAAUUCAACUUCAUCCUGGUGACGACGGAACAACACGCGUAGUGACAUUACUAACACCUACCGGUCGUUACACUCGACCUGUAUCAAAAAUAUGUCUGCUGCCUAUCUCGUCGCCACUAGAAAGAAAUGAAUCACUUACCUGUGCCAAAUCAACCUAA